UUUUCUCAUUUGUAUAUCUUAUCUUAGAGACCCUCCUCAAUGUCCAUCAUAAGCCAAAACAAGCUCCCUCUGAGCUCCCAACACCAUUUUCAUCCAUGCUCUUCACCUGCCUUCCACUCUCGAAUACAUUGCUCAAUCACCACAACUACUAAACCAAACCGACUCGUGAUCGAAUCAUCAACUGUGCACCCUACACCAUUUCAAGCUACGAGGAGAGCUCCACCUCAACUCAAUGAUCCAAGUCUAAAGUCCACGUGGUUGCAUCGUGUAUGGUUGGUAUCCGGGUGCACAACAGUGCUCAUUUCUCUAGCUAAGUCCUUAGUGCGUGUGGCUAGUUUGCAUAUUUGGGCGGAGCCCACUUUGGCUGGCUUGGUUGGGUAUGUACUGGCUGAUCUUGGGUCAGGAGUGUACCAUUGGGGCAUUGACAAUUAUGGAAGUGCCUCAACUCCAAUCUUUGGUACCCAAAUUGAGGCAUUCCAAGGUCACCACAAGUUGCCUUGGACUAUCACUAAGCGUCAAUUUGCUAACAAUUUACAUGCACUUGCUCGUACAGUGACUUUUGUGGUGCUCCCCAUAGACCUUCUAUGUGAUGACCCAACUUUUCUUUGUUUUGUUGGUAUGUGCUCUGGUUGCAUUAUGUUCAGCCAACAAUUUCAUGCUUGGGCACACGGCACCAAAAGUAGACUACCACCACUUGUGGUGAUGCUACAAGAUCUUGGCAUCCUCGUGUCACGGUCGCAACAUGGAGCGCACCACCGUGCACCAUAUAACAAUAAUUACUGCAUAGUAAGUGGUGUUUGGAAUGAGGUUUUGGACAACCAAAAAGUUUUUGAGGCAUUGGAAAUGCUCUUGUUUUUCAAGCUAGGGGUUCGGCCUAGGUCUUGGAUUGAGCCUAAUUCUGAUUGGAGUGAAGAAAUUGGGGACCCUUCUCAACUUACAACAAAUUGAUUUUUCUCCAACUCAUUUAUUUACUAUAGAUAAAAUUAGAGUUGAGUACAAUUGUUUACAAAUAAUAACUACAUGUAUAUUAUGAAAAUUUAUUUGAAGAGAUAUUACCAUGUAAUAUAGGUUGUGCAUGACCUUUUUAGAAUCAGGGCUUGAAGAAGGAGUCUCCAUUAUUUUCAAUAGAUAACUGGGUAUUUGUUACAA